AUGUUUGCUUCAACGAAAAACGCAGCGAAAAACUCAAAACCACUUGAGCUUCUCUUCAUCGGUUGUCAAAGCUCCGAUCCCUAUUCGGUCAUGUCAAUCAACCCAUGGACGGGCAUCUCAUCAUGGACUUACAAGGGCACCGAGUUGCAGAAUGGAACAGUCGGGAGUGCGAAGCCGAUUGGAGUCGAUGGAAAGCAUUUCCUCGUCAAUGUCAAUGAACGACCAAUCAUCCACAUCAAAGGCUUGCAUCCAAAAGAUCGAUAUCAUUCAAUGGCUUAUCUUCCUGAGCCUGCGACGACUUUUGUCACUUCCAAAGACGGAUUAUUGCUCUUUGUCGCCAUUAAGACAAGAGUUUACGUCUGGAUGUUGACUUCUGGGUACCUCGUUGCCUCCUUCGACGCACACUAUCAAAGUAUUUCGGAUAUGGCCAUUUCAAAUGAUUCGUCUCUCUUGAUCACCGCAUCACUUGAUGGAUCGAUUCAUGUUUAUCUGGUUGCUGACAUUGUAAACUUGGAUCGUCAAUCAACGAUUUACCCAGUCCGCAAAACCAAAGCCCAUUCGCUUGCAAUUUCGUCGAUUGCCGUUUCUUGUGGUGGAUCGCCUCGUAUUCUCUCCGUUGGAAUGGAUCAUGUUGCCUUUUUGCACUCAAUCUCUAUGGAUGCUUGUUUGCUAAAGAUAUCAGCUGAACGACCGCUUACCGCUUGUGCAAUAGACAAGGCAGAAACGAGGGUGUUUCUCGGAACUGAUAGGGGACGAAUUGCUCAAGUCAACCUCUAUGACAUCAAAUUCUCAUUCAAACCACUAGCGACAAUGACACAAUUCCAAUAUUUGCUGGUCAUUCGUGUGAAAUCUCAAUAUGAGCUUUGUGUGGUCAAUGGACGAGUAGUUGAUGAUCAGCCGAAAUGGUGUAAAAUCUCAAAGGAGUGUAUCGAUGAUACGUUGAAGAAUUUGGAUCCUAAUUCGGAGUUGGAAACAAAUGAUUCACAAAUGCAUUCAUUGUUCGAAGAUGGUGGUGACGAUGAGGUGGAGAGGCUACGCCGAGAGGUCGUUCGCUUGCAAAGAGCCAAUCAGGGUCUCUACAAUUUCAGCGUCAAUUUGGUGCUGAACAGGAACAACGAUGAUACGGAAGACGAAGAAAAGAGUGAAGAGAAAUUUUUAGAACAUUUGCUUUUGAGCUGUUGCUGU